AUGAAAAAUUUCGAAGAAAUCGACGUUGAAACCGUGUACGGUGAAAGUAAAAAGCCGAGCAGUCGAAGUAGCAGCAGCAGCGGAGGAGUUUUGCCGACGAAUCCGUCAUUUUCCGAUCGUCAGCAGUUACAGUUAACCAUGGCUUCGGCCAUAAGUAAAAAAGAAUUGAAAAGACAAAGUUCUCGAACAACGUCGGCUCCACCCCGAUACAGUCUCGACGACAGGACGCUUAAACCGAAAACGUUGCAUAGUAAACGUAAAGUGACCGUGAGAAGUGAUUCGCGGCGGACAGGUGGCGGUGGUGGUGGUGGUGGUAAUAACGGUAACGGUGGCGGUGGUGCCGGUAGCAAACGAAGCGCUCAAUGUGACGAAUACGGAGACUACGUUAAUAAAUCCAUUAAGAAAAGAAAAUACCAAUAUCAGAGACACUUUAAAUCGGCCAAGUCUAAAAAGCCGAAAAACCGGAGGAGUCAUUAUAGAAACGGCGGAAGUCUGAGUUCGGAUUUCGACGCCGACACGACGGAAAAGAGAACAAUACACAACAGCAUGGAACGACAGAGGAGAAUCGAUUUGCGAAACGCAUUCGAAGAACUAAGAAAACUCGUUCCAUUCACGGCGGGAAACGAAAAAGCUCCAAAAGUUGUCAUAUUGAGCUACGGAGCGGAUUUCUGUAACACUUUGACGUGGGAGGAAGCUGAAUUAACGAGGAAGAAGGCAGAGUUGAGGAGGCAACAGGAAAUGUUGAGAGCUCGAGUUUCACAAUUGAGGCGAUCGUUGGCAGCUCGUCGUUAA